AUGUGGUGCAGGCGCAAUCCGCGGCAUCAUAGUGGAGCCUGCCUCCCGACGGCUGGAGCCGGUGGAAGUGUUCCGGGGUGUGCCGUACGCCUCGAAGCCCCCGCGUUUGGGCGCCCCCUCGAACCCCCAGUCUUGGCCGGGCACGCGUCUGGCAGACUCCUUCGCGCCCGUCUGUCCGCAGCGGUUCCCGGACGUAUCCAACAGGUUUUUGCCCCUUUACUCAGGAGUGCCGCGCUGUCGAAGAUGCCUCUCGGAGUGUACCGAGAGGUGGCCGCUAUUGCCCCACUUCUGGCGAAUCAGAGCGAAGACUGCCUCUACCUAAACAUUUAUGUCCCCGGUAGCGGUGCGCGUGGCGUAGAAGCCCCUUACGCGGUGGCAGUGUGGGCGAAUGCGGCCCACGCGUGGGGCUCCGGCAACGCUCUGGACGCGGGCGCGGCAGUGCUGGCGGCGCGGGCGCAUCUCCUUGUCGUCACGCUUAACUAUAGGAUAGGAUUACUUGGUUUUUUAACAAGUGGAGGCGACGACGAAGCCUCCCGGGCGGGCGGCGCCGCGGUGUUAGACAUCGUCGCGGCGUUGUCUUGGAUACGGACAAACAUCGCCCCUUUCGGUGGUGAUUCGAAGAGGGUGACCCUAGUGGGCCACGGGACUGGCGCUGCUCUCCUCAACACUGUUGUUAUGACACCAGGAAUUAAAGGCCUGGUGACCCGCAUCCUGUUGCUAAGUGGAUCUGCACUGAGCCCUUCUGCUCUGGCUCCAGAUCCAGCGCUGGCCAGGGAGCACACUGCGCAGGCGUUGCGGUGCACCAGAGAUCAGGCCACAGACGAUCAUUGGUUGACAGCGUGUAUCAAAAAUCGUCCGCUGUCUGUUCUGCUAGCCGUCGACGCGCCGACGGCUCGCUUCCUCGCCGGUUGGGCCCCCUCGGUCCCCAAGAACGACGACAUCCCUAACCUGAGCCCCACGAGGGCGAUGCACGCCAGCGACACUUUUCUGGACUGCUCUUUAGCGGUAGUCGUCACCACCACCGAGAGCUACCGGUACUUCAGCGAAGAGGACAUACGACACGGAUUCGAAGAGGAGUACAGGAACCGCGUACUUCGCACGUACGUCCGCAACGUGUACCGCUUCCAUCGCAACGAGAUCUUCGCCGCUAUCCGGAACGAGUACACGGACUGGGAGAAGCCCAUCCAGCAUCCGAUAAACAUCCGAGACGCGACGCUCGAGUCCAUAAGCGACGCGGCCGGGGCGGCGCCCGCCCUGCGCGUGGCGCAGCUGCACGCUAAGCGCGGCGCGCCCACCUACUUCGCACACUUUGCACACCAGAGCAAGGACGCCGAUUACCCGCAGCGUUUAGGCAGCGUGACGAGUGAAACGUUACCUUACUUCCUGGGGCUGCCCCUAGUCGGGGGGCCCCCGUUCGCCCCCAAGAACUACUCCCGGGGUGAUGUGGGCGUAGCGGAGUCCUGCGUGGCUCUGCUAGCCGCCUUCGCGAAGACGGGAGACCCGAGUCUGAAGCCCGAAGACCAGGAGACGACCGUCGGCUGGCCCCGAUACGAACUAAACACUCAGCAAUAUUUGAGUAUAGUCGCUUCAGUCGAUAAAGAGGCUCUGCAGCACUCUCGAGGCGACAAAGUUUCCUCUCAAACCUCGGGCUUAAUCACGAGUUGCGGUGAACCCUGGGCUAUUUUGAAGACUCAUUUACCCGAAAGUUGUGCAAUAUUUUGUCCAUUUCCUGCCAAUUUUGUCGAGGCGACGUAUUUCGAAAUACUCGACAAGCUGGAAAUUAUGAUCUCCCCAAUUUCGUCGAGCCUAAUCGAGUACUCAGUUAUGUUAUGUCAGACGCCCGCAGGUACAAAGGUCCGCACGAAGAGCCACUACCGAGGACACAAGAUGUCAGUUUGGCUGCAUCUCAUUCCACAGCUCCACCGCGCUGGGGCUGCGCCCGCGCACCAUCAGUUUCGCUCCCUGCACCCUGACAUGUUCGCCGUAGAAAUAGGAAAUUCAUUAAAUCGAGUCGGUACAAGACGACGCGGCGCGCUCAUUAAGCACCUUUGGACGCGGACGAAUUUCCAAAUAUGGCGCAACGAGCGAGCAAUUAGAGCGAUAGCCCGCGACGGAAACUCACGAAGUGGAGGGAUUUUAGGGCGUUUUAAUGGCGGGCGAAGAGCGUCCGGCCGCCCGCGCUCCCGCGCCGCUGCCACGGAAUUAAACGGCGCAUCUGCACUCGCGAGCGCUCCGCGGGCUAUCGGACUCGGAAGUUCCGCUGCGCCGCCAUUUUGUUGUGCGGUUCGAAUACGUCGAGCGCAGCAUAUUAAUGCAGUAUUAUGUUACAUUUUAGAAGAAAUUAAAUUAUGGUAA